AUGUACCCUCAGUAUGGCAAACCAAUCAUUGUCGUUGAUGGUAACUUUACAACGAUUUACCCUACAGUUUGCUUCACACCAGAAAAUAAAAAAUUGACCCAUAGCAUAUUUUACAAACAAAAUCCAUUAGACUUUGUGUUUCCUGUGUUGAUGCUUCAAAUCAUCUCGGCAUUCUUUUUGUCUCGGUUGAUAUACUUUGUUCUCAGGCCUUUGAGACAACCCAAAAUGGUGUGCAACAUCUUGGCUGGCAUUAUCUUGGGACCAUCUGUUCUGGGUCGCAAUGAGGCAUUCUUGGAGACAUUUUUUCCAGAAAAUGAGAUGUUGAUUUUUAAUAUAAUUUCAAGGUUGGGAACAGCAUACUUAAUCUUCCUUAUUUCUGUGAAAACCAACACCGAUAUGUUGCUAAAGUCGACGAGGAAAAUUUGGACCCUUGGUGUAUCUAGCUACCUUGCCCCUCUACUAGUCAGCGUAAUCUUCAGUUUACUGAUGAGACAACAAUUUAAUAAUUGUGUCAAUGAAUCAAAAAUGCUUUUUGUGAGUGCUUCAUUAUCAGUUACUUAUUUCCCAGUUGUUGCGCAGUUCAUAGAAGAAUUAGACCUUCUAACCACUGAGUUUGGCCUACUUACCUUGUCCUCUUCCAUGCUUAUUCAAAUGAUGAGCAUUUCCACAUUCAUCAUUGGAGUCACUGCAACGAGGGAAACUUACAUAAUGUCAUUUGCAUAUUUUCUUGGAGUAUGUGGAACCGUGGUUGUCGCCGUCUUUAUUAUAAGGCCAGUAGUACAGGAAAUUAUCAAUAGAACGCCUGAGGGGAAAUCAAUACAUGAAUUUUUUGUCAUAGCAAUUCUUAUUGGGACAUUAAUCAUGGCAUUUGUUACCGAUUACUUAUGGAUGGACUUUCUUUUAGGAGCUUUCCUUAUGGGGUUGAUCAUACCAGACGGACCACCUCUAGGUUCCAUAUUAGUGGAAAAAUCUGAACUCAUGAUCAAUGAAUUUUUUCUGCCUAUAUUCUUCGUUCAUAUUGGAUAUCAAACAGAUGUGCAUUCAUUAAAGAACAUACAUUCUAUAACUGCAAUCGCGCUCCUUGUUUUUGUGAUUUUUAUGUCCAAGAUGAUGGGGACUUUGUUGGCCUCGAUAUAUCUCAAUAUAAGAUUUCAAGAUGCCAUUUUUUUGGCCCUUAUUUUGAACUUUAAGGGUGUGAUGGACUGGGUCAGUUUCCAGAGAUUUCUAGUAUUGAAUAUUUUGGGCAAGCAGUGCUUUACUGUCUUAGUGCUAUUCAACCUUGUUUUCAUCGCUGCCUUUUACCCUGUUGUAGAUAUCUUUUAUAAUCCUCGUUCUAGACUUGCUGGACCAUAUUCUAAAACAAAAUGCACAAGAGCACUCCAAUCAACCCCUCAGGAAGCGGAAUUACGUGCUAUUACAUGCAUUUAUGAAGAAGAUAAUGUCCCUGGCAUGCUUGCUUUACUGGAAGCAGUCAACCAGAAAGCAGCUAUUAGUCCUUUAUGUGCAUAUGUGAUCCAUGUGAUUGAGCUUGUUGGUCGAACUACUCCAAUAUUAAUGCCUUACAAGGGUGAUGACAAGGAUUUAGGACAUAAUAGUUCGUCGUCGUCGUCCUCUAGGAUUAUGCAUGCUUUUAUAAAUUACUCCAACAACACGCUCGGUCAUGUGACAAUACAACCAUUCAGUAUGGUUGCUCCAUUCAAGACCAUGCACAACUUUGUCUGCAACCUUGCCGAGGAUAGACAUGUUCCUUUCAUCAUUGUUCCUUUCCAUGAAAACCAAAUACCUACAGAUUUCGUUGUACAACAAACCCUAAUCCAAGAUUUUAAUGUUCAGCUUCAAGAACAUGCUCCUUGCACUGUUGGAAUCUUAUUAGACAGAGGAUUGCGUUGUCAAAUCAAGUUACUAGAUAGCUUCACUUGCAAAGUUGCUGUGUUCUUUGUGGGUGGUGUUGAUGAUCGCGAGGCCUUGGCACUUGCAAUAAGGAUGUCAGCAAAUCCUAAUGUGAACAUCACCCUGUUGAGAAUUAAGUACUCCACAAAUGAUCACAAGGGCAUAAAAAUUACUGAAAGCCAGUUGGAUGAUCUUUUAGUUAAUGAAUUUGUAGAGAAAAAUGUUAACAACAGUCGCGUUGUCAUUCGUGAGGAGGUAGUAAAUAACAGCUUACAAAUGCUAAAUGUGAUUCAUUCUUUAAGGAACAAGCAUGACUUUGUUAUGGUGGGAAAGAAAUCAGGUGCAACUCAAUUUGAGCAAGAAAUGAUGGAAUGGGUUAAAUAUCCAGAGUUGGGUGCUAUUGGUGAUCUUCUUGCUUCAACUGAUUUUUAUGACAAAAAGAUGUCGGUGUUAGUCCUGCAACAUUGUAAGAGUGUUAGAUGA